AUGGCGGGGCCGCGACUGCGCCGGGACGGGGCCGCGACGACUUACACGGACAAGGGAGAAAAGCCCCUGCGAGGCCGCUUCAUCCACUUCCACUCCAUCACCUUCUGGGUGGGGAAUGCCAAGCAGGCUGCCUCGUAUUACUGCAACAAGCUGGGCUUCGAGGAGCUGGCGUACCGGGGGCUGGAGACGGGCAGCCGGGAGGUGGUGUCGCACGUCAUCAAGCAGGACAAGAUCGUGUUCGUUCUCUCGUCCGCGCUCAACCCGGGGAAUGAGGAGAUGGGCGAGCACCUGGUGAAGCACGGGGAUGGGGUGAAGGACGUGGCCUUCGAAGUGGAGGACUGCGACUUCAUUGUGAAGAAAGCCAAGGAGCGCGGAGCCGUGGUGGUGAAGGAGCCCUGGGUGGAGGAGGACAAGUUCGGGAAGGUGAAGUUCGCCGUCAUCCAGACGUACGGCGACACCACCCACACCUUGAUAGAGAAGCUCAACUACAAGGGGCUCUUCCUGCCCGGGUACCACGCACCCCUCUUCAAGGACCCUCUGCUGCCCAGGCUGCCGAGCGCCAAACUGAGCUUUGUGGACCAUGUGGUGGGGAACCAGCCUGACCUCCAGAUGGUCCCGGUGGCCGACUGGUACCAGAAGAACCUCCUCUUCCACCGCUUCUGGUCGGUGGAUGACAAGCAGCUGCACACCAAGUUCAGCGCCCUGCGCUCCAUCGUGGUCACCAACUACGAGGAGACCAUUAAGAUGCCCAUCAACGAGCCGGCGUUCGGCAAGAAGAAAUCCCAGAUUCAGGAAUACAUCGACUACUACGGAGGGGCCGGAGUCCAGCACAUCGCGCUGAACACCUCCGACAUCAUCUUGGCGAUCACCAACCUGAAGCAGCGCGGCAUGCAGUUCAUGGACGUGCCGUCCAGCUACUACCAGCUGCUGCGGGAGAGGCUGAAGGCUGCCAAAAUCAAAGUGAAGGAGAACAUCGACAAGCUGGAGGAACUGAAAAUCCUGGUGGACUUCGAUGAGAAAGGCUACCUGCUCCAGAUCUUCACCAAACCAGUUCAAGACAGGCCCACGGUCUUUCUGGAGGUCAUCCAGCGGCACAACCACCAGGGCUUCGGCGCCGGGAACUUCAAGUCUCUGUUCGAAGCGAUAGAAAUCGACCAGGACGCACGAGGCAACCUGACGGUCCUGAACCCCAACGGGGAAAGCGAGCGCAUGUAGCGGCAGAGCGCGCCCAGCCUCCGUCACCGGCCCCUAACGAGCUGAUUCCCUAACGAGCUGAUUCACAAACGAAAUGGGGACCCGGCCGAUG